CACACCAUCAACUGAUUCACAAUGGCCAUGUCAGUGGAGGCUGCUUUGAGACACUCUGCCUCCUCCUUGUCUUCUCUACAGAAAUACCAAGUGGUUACCUAUGAGGCUGGCAGAGUGCUUCAGACUUGGGCUUCACGAAUGAAGCGCUCAAGGAAGGCACUAGCAGCACCAGGACCUUCGUGUGUCAGGUUGGGGAUCAUGCUAGUGCUGUUACUGAUUUUCCUGCCAAGCUUGUACUGUGACCCUCACUCUGUAUAUUACUCUUCUUAUGAAACAGUCAUCCCCAAGAGUCUGACGGCCAAGGGAAGGGAAGACCCAGGGGAAAAGGCAUCCUAUACGUUAUUAAUGCAGGGCCAGAAACAGGUGAUUCACCUGAAGGUGAAGAGAGACUAUUUUGUGAAGAACUUUCCAGUCUUCAGCUACCGCAAUGGUGUCCUGGGGCAAGGAAUGCCUUUCAUCCCACAUGACUGUCACUAUGAAGGCUACAUAGAAGGAGUCCCAGGCUCUUUUGUUUCUCUCAACACCUGUUCAGGCCUCAGGGGCUUCCUGAUUAAGGAGGGGAAGCCCUAUGGCAUUGAGCCCAUGGACACUUCAAAACGGUUUGAACAUGUGUUGUACACCAUCGCACACCAAGCUCGAGUCUCCUGUAGUGUCACUUCCAAAGGCAGCCAAGCCGUGUCCACCAGCCGGCAACGAGGGAGCAGGAAGCCUCGCAGUCUACAGGCACUGUCCUCCUUUUGGUCACACACCAAGUACGUGGAGAUGUUCGUCGUGGUCAACAACCAGCGGUUCCAAAUGUGGGGCAGUAAUGUCAAUGAGACAGUCCAGAGAGUAAUGGACAUCACUGCUCUGGCCAACAUCUUCACUAGGGGAAUAAACACCGAGGUGGUGCUGGCUGGAAUGGAGAUUUGGACCGAGCGGGACCUCAUAGAAGUCCCAGCGGACUUGCGAGUUACACUCAGGAAUUUCAAUAGCUGGAGACAGGAGAAACUCUUCCAUCGUGUGAAGCACGAUGUUGCCCACAUGAUCGUGGGACAUCCUCCUGAAGAGGAUGUGGGACAGGCGUUUCUCAAUGGUGCCUGUUCAAGAGGCUUUGCAGCAGCUGUUGAAUCCUUCCAUCAUGAAGAUGUCCUCCUGUUUGCAGCGCUCAUGGUCCACGAGCUUGGGCACAACUUGGGUAUUCAGCACGACCACUCGGCCUGCAUUUGUAACGAUAAACGCUUUUGCCUCAUGCAUGAGAAUAUCACUAAAGAAAGUGGCUUCAGCAACUGCAGCUCUGACCACUUUUACCAGUUCCUCCAGGAACACAAAGGGGCCUGCCUAUUUAACAAGCCUCGGCCCAAGGGUCGCCUGCGUAGGCAAGCCACCUGUGGAAAUGGCGUGUUGGAGCAGAAUGAGGAGUGUGACUGCGGACCCGACUGUGGUGGUAACCCAUGCUGUGACCAAACAUGUAGGCUGAAGGAGCAUGCACAGUGUAGUGAAGGACUAUGCUGUUUUAAUUGCCAGUUGAGACAUAAGGGAUUCAUGUGUCGCUCUGCUUCUGGAGAGUGUGACCUCCCAGAGUAUUGUGAUGGUACCUCUGGAGUAUGCCCCAGAGACCACUAUAAGCAAGAUGGUACAGCGUGUGAUAUAAUUCACUAUUGUUUUAUGGGCCGGUGUAAGAACCCUGAUACUCAGUGCAUGGAUAUAUAUGGGUUCCCUGCAAGGUCUGCCCCAGAAGACUGUUAUAUUUCCAUGAACACCAGAGGGGACCGUUUCGGCAACUGUGGCUUUGGAGCUUCACCUCGUUCAAAAUAUGUUAAGUGUUCUGAUGAGAAUAUAUUUUGUGGGAAACUUGUAUGUACAAAUAUUACACAGGUACCACCAAUCAAACCCCACCAUACUCUGAUUCAGGUAGCUCACAAAGAUGACUGGUGCUGGAGUAUGGAUGCCUAUAACCUUACUGAUAUCCCUGAUGAUGGAUAUGUGGACACUGGUACCCUUUGUGCCCCACACAAAGUCUGCAUGAAUUACUCCUGCAUUCAUCAUGCUGUGCUUAGGUACGACUGUGAACCAAAAGAAAUGUGUAAUGGGAGAGGAGUUUGCAACGAUUUAAGGCACUGUCACUGUGAGGAGGGCUAUGCCCCCCCUGACUGCAAAGCUCCAGGAAAUGGGGGUAGUGUGGACAGUGGUCCCCCCAGCAAGCCAGAUGAUGGAAAUCCAAGUGAAGAUGAAAGUAGAAGUCUUAGUUUUGAUCGUGGUAAUUUUGGCAGAGUAGGUGAGAAUAGAGAUGAAACCAAAAGCCUUGGCAAGAUAGUGUACAUAUUUCCCUUAUUUCUUGUAGCAAUAUUUUUAAGUCUGAUUAUUGGUGCCAGUGUUGGGGCUGGAAAGGAAAUAUCACAGUGCUCACAAGAGGCUCCAGAAGUAACUGAAGAAGAAGCUGUACAAGAAAAGGAAGUAGGCAGAGUAGAGGAAGAAGUUGAGGGAAAAAAUGAGUAGUGAUAGGAAGAAGUCUAAUACAGCAAAUACCCAAAACACUGGGUGGAAUGGAGGUUCAAUGAAGCAAACACGAAGUGCAAGCUGAUGG